UGGUUUAUAAAACCCUAGACCACUCUUCCAAACACUUCUCAGGUUUCGUGUAAAAAAACAUCACAACACACAAAUCUCAACACCAAACAAAAAAAAACAUUUUAUUCCAUUAAAAAACAAAAAUGGCGCUCAUGAACGGAAGCCUGAAUCUACCAUCGAUAUACAACCACCGUCAAUCAACGUUCUCCCCCGCCGCGCCAAGAACCACGUCCCUCCGGAUCUCCGCCGUGCAAACCGACCCAAAACCACCAUCUUCAUCGGUAACGACUCCGGCGACGGCGACGAAGACCGUCGGAGUUAAUGUGGGUAAAUCGAAAUGGUCGCCGGAGAGCUGGAAGGCGAAGACAGCUCUUCAGCAGCCGGAGUACCCUGAUGUAGCUGAGCUUGAAGCUGUGCUGGAGACGAUCGAGGCUUUUCCUCCGAUCGUUUUCGCCGGAGAAGCGAGGUUGCUCGAGGAGAGGCUAGGUCAAGCCGCGAUGGGCGAAGCGUUUCUGUUACAGGGAGGUGAUUGUGCGGAGAGCUUCAAAGAGUUCAACGCUAACAACAUUCGUGACACCUUUAGGAUUCUUCUCCAGAUGGGUGCUGUUUUGAUGUUCGGUGGUCAAGUCCCUGUCGUUAAGGUUGGAAGAAUGGCGGGUCAAUUUGCGAAGCCGAGGUCUGAUUCGUUUGAGGAGAGGAACGGAGUGAAGCUGCCGAGUUACAGAGGAGAUAACAUCAAUGGAGAUGCGUUUGAUUCCAAGUCUAGGAUCCCUGAUCCACAGCGGAUGAUCAGAGCUUAUUGUCAAUCUGCAGCUACUCUGAAUCUUUUGAGAGCUUUUGCUACUGGUGGUUAUGCUGCUAUGCAGAGAGUUACUCAGUGGAAUCUUGAUUUCACUGAAAAAAGUGAGCAAGGAGACAGGUACCGUGAACUAGCUAACCGUGUUGAUGAGGCGCUUGGUUUCAUGCACGCUGCUGGACUCACCCUCGACCAUCCCAUAAUGCAAACAACAGACUUCUGGACUUCUCAUGAGUGUCUUCUCUUGCCUUAUGAGCAAUCACUAACAAGGCUAGACUCUACUUCUGGCCUCUACUACGACUGCUCUGCUCAUAUGAUCUGGGUCGGUGAGCGAACCAGACAGCUCGAUGGAGCCCACGUCGAGUUCUUAAGAGGUGUUGCUAAUCCUCUUGGAAUCAAGGUGAGUGAUAAGAUGGAUCCGAAGGAGCUGGUGAAGCUGAUUGAGAUCUUGAAUGCUGAUAAUAAGCCUGGAAGGAUCACGAUUAUCACAAGAAUGGGAGCAGAGAAUAUGAGAGUCAAGCUUCCUCAUUUGAUCCGAGCCGUGAGGCGUGCUGGUCAGAUUGUGACUUGGGUCAGUGAUCCGAUGCAUGGAAACACCAUUAAGGCUCCUUGUGGUCUCAAGACUCGUCCCUUUGACUCCAUCUUGGCUGAAGUGAGGGCGUUUUUCGACGUGCACGAGCAAGAAGGAAGCCACCCGGGAGGUGUUCACCUAGAGAUGACAGGUCAGAACGUGACCGAGUGCAUCGGUGGUUCACGCACAGUCACGUUCGAUGACUUGGGGUCACGAUACCACACGCACUGUGACCCUCGCCUCAACGCCUCGCAGUCUCUCGAGCUCUCUUUCAUCAUCGCUGAACGCCUUAGAAAGAGACGCAUCAAGUCCCAACAGGCUUUUUCUAUCUAAUUCAAGCAUGUGUUGUGUUAUAUCUUUAUAAUAAAUGUUUGUGUGUGUGAACUCAAUACGGUUACGGUCUCGUUUAUAUUUGAUUCGGAUGUUGGGUCAACAGAACGCGUAAGGUUUUGUUUUAUCGUUGUUAAUGAGUUUUUAUUUAUUUCCAUUUUGGAUUUAAAAAAAUCACUGAACGUUGGAUUUCUAA